GUCUGUUAUAAAUGUCAUCGCAGUCUCAAACGUGGUCGCAUUCCCAAAACUGCACUGGCUAACGAUUUAUAUUUUGGCCCGAUACCAUCACAGCUCGCAGAUUUAACCAUCAUUGAGGAGGCGCUGAUCGCGAGAAGACGUGCCAAAAAGUUGGAUUGUCAUGUGAUUGUGUUCCCUGCUAAACCGGAAGCUCUGUCUCCAUUUUUACCACCUGCACUCAAAGAGGUCAUUACUCCCCUUUGUGUCGUAUUUGUUGGUCAUGUCACCCCCACCAAAGAGUGGCUAUUAAAGAAUGCGCGGCCAUUAAUAGUGAGACAGGAAAAAGUACGGCUGGCACUGGAAUGGCUAAUACACAACAACCCUCUGUAUGCGGAUGUAAUACUCCAUGAAGAACACCUCAACAGUCUGCCUGCUUUAGAUGUAGCUCCUGUUAUGAGUAAC